AUGUGGCAACUCUUUCGAUCAAACCACGCUGAGGAGUUACUUAUUCCUGUAGCAAUACGUCUUGCCCAAACGUUUGAACAGAGGGAGCAAAAACCAAAAGCAGUCAAGUUGCUUCAGGCAAUCUGGAAUGACAAGCAUCCAUUCGCAAGGAGGCAACCCUUUUCAACAGCCGCCGUUCUGAGGUUCAGACUAUGGGCAACAAUGCUAACUUACACUCCUGCCCCCCCUCCAACACUGUACCCCUUGGGGAACCGAUUGAUUGGCUUACUUGGCCAAGAUCAUCCCAGUUUCUCAUUACUGCAGGAGGCGACUUCUAAGGCGAAGCGGGAAUUUAAUUCUUUGCCAGUGGUGAAGAUUGGGCAGCAAAGCUUGUCCAACUUUGAGGGCCUUUUCUUGUCUGACACAGACUUCGAAGAGGACGGGAUCCAGUUUGUUUAUCGCCGUGAAAAGCGCAAUAAAGGCCAAAUUCCACGAAGAAAGCCAACUUGGCUGGAUCCCAUCCCGGUGCUGGUGAGGGUUAGAGAAGAUUUUGAUUUGGAGUGA